AGAAAAGAAAGCUGAGGGGAAGGUGUUGGAGCGGCAGACGCGGGGCGAGCGGCAGCGUUGAGCGCCCUCCCGUGCGCGUUUUUCCCCCCCUGUCCACACACACACGCCUGGUCCGGCGCUGCUCCCGAAUCCGCUCAGAAUAGUUUCUCCUCGUACUUCCCCCUCCCCCUUAUCCCCCUCCCUCCCCCCCUUGGCGGAGGGACUCGCGGCGCUGCUGUGGCGGCGGCGCCGGCGCUGAGAGGACGGGCGGGCAGGCAGGCCCCCGGCGGCGGGGUCGGCGCGAGCGGGGAGGGACGAGGGCUCGCCGGCUGGCUGGCUCGAGCCCGGCAGUCGUACGAGCGGGAGGAUUAGCAGCAGCAGCUGCGCCGCCGCCCCAGACUCCCUCCCCGGGCACCGGCGGGGAGAAUGACGGAGCUCCAGUCCGCGCUGCUACUGCGGAGACAGCUGGCAGAGCUCAACAAAAACCCAGUGGAAGGCUUCUCAGCAGGUUUAAUAGAUGACAAUGAUCUCUAUCGAUGGGAAGUUCUUAUUAUUGGGCCUCCAGAUACACUCUAUGAAGGCGGUGUCUUCAAGGCUCAUCUUACUUUCCCAAAAGACUAUCCUCUCAGGCCGCCAAAAAUGAAAUUUAUUACAGAAAUAUGGCAUCCAAAUGUUGACAAAAAUGGUGAUGUCUGUAUUUCUAUCCUUCAUGAACCUGGUGAAGACAAGUAUGGCUAUGAGAAACCUGAAGAACGCUGGCUUCCCAUUCAUACAGUGGAAACCAUAAUGAUUAGUGUAAUUUCUAUGCUGGCAGAUCCCAAUGGCGAUUCUCCUGCUAAUGUUGAUGCAGCGAAAGAAUGGAGGGAAGAUAGAAAUGGAGAAUUCAAAAGAAAAGUUGCCCGCUGUGUAAGAAAAAGCCAAGAAACUGCUUUUGAGUGACACUUAAUUCAGUUAGUAGCUUCACUUUUUUCAGGGUUUCCAAUUGAGGAAUAUGGCACUGUUUUCCCUGCACUCUACCCAUCUAUUGCUGGACUUCUGUUUAUACCAAGUUGGCAGACACUGGCAGGAACUGGGCUGCAAUAAAACAUGGCAGUUAUUAAUACUGACAAGGAGUCUAACAAGUGCCAACAAAGAUUUGUGCAUUUUGAAAACUAAUGGAACUGCUUUAACCUUCAGGAAGAAUUGUAAAGAUGUGUACAUAGCACAACAUGAUCCGGAUAAUAUAUAUACUGUUCAUGUACAUCCACAAAUACACAUUGUACCAAAUAAUGCUGUCUUGUAGUUAGAAUAAGAAUCGUGUAAAUUCUAAAGAUUUUUAGCAGGUUCUUUUUUUCUCCACUCCAAUUCAUGGGGUUCUUUUCUUAUGAGCCUUUUCUCAAAUUUUCUCAUGAAGCAUGUUGGACUAAAACAAAUUAGGAUUAAAAAAAUUCCAUUUUAACUUUUCUUUUAAGCCAUUAAAACUUCAUUAAAAAUUU